GGAAGUGGGGACGUGGCCGCAGUAGGCCGGCUGGUGCGCAGCCCGGGAUUGGUGGUGGGCGGGGGGCGAGCCGGAGCUCGCGAGCGGAAGCGGAAGUGGAGGAAAGAUGCAGGACCAUCAGCACGUGCCCAUCGACAUCCAGACCAGCAAACUGCUCGACUGGCUGGUGGACCGGAGGCAUUGCAACCUGAAAUGGCAGAGUCUGGUGCGGACCAUCCGCGAGAAGAUCAACGCCGCCAUCCAGGACAUGCCAGAGAGCGAGGAGAUUGCCCAGCUGCUCUCUGGAUCCUACAUUCACUACUUCCACUGCCUGCAGAUCGUGGACCUGCUCAAAGGCACUGAAGCCUCCACCAAGAACAUUUUUGGCCGGUAUUCUUCCCAGCGCAUGAAGGAUUGGCAGGAGAUUGUGACCCUGUAUGAGAAGGACAAUACCUACUUAGUGGAACUUUCCAGCCUCCUGGUGCGUAAUGUCAGCUAUGAGAUCCCCUCCCUGAAGAAGCAGAUCGCCAAGUGCCAGCAGCUGCAGCAAGAAUACAGCCGCAAGGAGGAGGAGGGCCAGGCAGGGGCCUCGGAGAUGCGGGAGCAGUUCUACCACUCGUGCAAGCAAUAUGGAAUCCUGGGGGACAAUGUCCGGAGAGAGUUGCUGUCCCUGGUGAAAGACCUGCCCAGUCAGCUGGCGGAGAUCGGGGCCGGGGCACAGGGCCUGGGGGAAGCCAUCGACCUCUACCAGGCCUGCGUGGGCUUCGUGUGUGAGAGCCCUACCGAACAAGUAUUGCCAAUGCUGCGGUUCGUGCAGACCCGGGGCAACUGCACAGUGUACGAGUGGAGGACGGGCUCAGAACCCACGGUGGUGGAGCGGCCGCACCUCGAGGAGCCUCCGGAGCAGGUGGAAGAAGACGCGAUUGACUGGGGCGACUUCGGGGUCCAGGUGGCUUCAGAAGGGGCAGACUUGGGCAUAUCCGCCCAAGCUGCUGAAAUCGACUGGGGCAUCUCGCUGGAAUCUGACUCAAAGGAAGCGGUGAGUGAUGAGAUCGACUGGGGAGAUGCGACCGCCACUGCCUCACAGAUCACCGUGCUAGAAGCAGGAACCCAGGCUCCAGAAGGUGUGGCGAGAGGUCCGGAUGCUCUGACACUUCUUGAAUACCCGGAGACCCGGAAUCAGUUCAUUGAUGAGCUCAUGGAGCUGGAGAUCUUCCUGUCCCAGAGAGCUGUGGAGAUGGGCGAGGAGGCCGACAUCCUGUCCGUGAGCCAGUUCCAGCUGGCUCCUGCUGUCCUGCAGGGCCAGACCAAGGUGAAGAUGGUUGCCAUGGUGUCGGUGCUCCAGGAUCUGAUUGGCCAACUGACCAACCUCCGGAUGCAGCACUUGUUCAUGAUUCUGGCCUCCCCCAGGUAUGUGGACCGAGUGACAGAACUCCUGCAGCAGAAGCUGAAGCAGUCGCAGCUGCUGGCACUGAAGAAAGAGCUGAUGGUGCAGAAGCAGCAGGAAGCCCUGCAGGAACAGGCCGCCCUGGAGCCCAGGCUCGACCUGCUGCUGGAGAAAACCAAGGAGCUGCAGAGGCUGAUCGAAGCCGACAUUUCCAAGAAGUACAACGGGCGCCCGGUGAACCUGAUGGGGACCACCGUGUGACGCCCUUGGCCUCCUUUGCAGCUGCCUGCUUGGCCUCCAGGAAGUGGGUGGACUGGGCCAGUGUGCAGAGUUGGCAGCCGGUGGACAGAGGGCCAUAUGCGGGAGCCCCAAGACCCUGGGACCUGCCCACUCACUGUAGCCUCUGCGCUUUCU